ACAUCCGGGCACCGGGGGCGGCUGUCAUGGUGGACUCUGCACUGUCAGACUCGAACACUUCGGUGGGACCACACGGAAGAUGCUGAAAACCCGGGAGCGGCUGCUUUCCGAGAGAGAAGCGUCCAGUGAUGACGAGACCAUGGUCCCGGUACUAACGUCCAAGAAGGCUAGUGAGCUCCCUGUCAAUGAAGCCGCAUGCGUCCUGCAGGCGGACCUGCAGCGGGGGCUGAGCCAGGUGGAGGUGGACCGCCGGAGGGUCUACCAUGGCUGGAACGAGUUCGACAUCAGUGAAGAUGAGCCUCUGUGGAAGAAGUACAUCCUUCAGUUCAAAGAUCCUCUGAUCCUGUUGCUGCUGGCCUCCGCUGUCAUCAGUGUGGUCAUGCACCAGUUUGAUGAUGCCAUCAGCAUCACUGUGGCCAUCAUCAUCGUGGUGACCGUUGCCUUUGUCCAGGAGUAUCGAUCUGAGAAAUCUCUGGAGGAACUCGGGAAGCUGGUGCCUCCAGAAUGUCACUGUAUCAGAGACGGGGUCCUGACCCACAUGUUGGCCAGAGAGCUGGUUCCUGGAGACACUGUGUGUUUGUCAGUGGGAGAGCGCGUUCCUGCAGACCUGCGCCUGUUCGAGGCGACCGACCUCACCGUGGAUGAGUCCAGUCUGACUGGAGAAACCACCCCGUGCCCCAAGUCCACGCUACACCAACCCCCCACCAGAAACGGUGACAUCGCCUCACGAUGCAACAUUGCCUUCAUGGGCACACUGGUGCGAUGUGGCAAAGCAAAGGUACCGACACCAUCUUCACAUGCCUUCGGAGGAGAAACCAACUGUCUUCGGUUCUUCUUGCAGGGCAUCGUUAUCGGAACCGGUGAGAGCUCGGAGUUUGGGGAGGUCUUCAAGAUGAUGCAGGCGGAGGAGGCUCCGAAGACGCCGCUUCAGAAGAGCAUGGACCUGCUGGGGAAGCAGCUCUCGCUCUACUCCUUCGGCAUCAUCGGUGUCAUCAUGUUGGUGGGCUGGCUGCAAGGCAAGAAGGUCCUGGACAUGUUUACCAUCGGUGUCAGUUUGGCAGUGGCUGCCAUCCCAGAAGGUCUGCCCAUUGUGGUGACGGUCACUCUGGCGCUGGGCGUGAUGCGCAUGGUGAAAAAGAGAGCCAUCGUGAAGAAGCUUCCCAUCGUGGAGACUCUUGGCUGCUGCAACGUCAUCUGCUCGGACAAAACGGGAACACUAACCAAGAAUGAGAUGACCGUCACGCAGUUGUACACGUCAGACGGACUCCACGCUGAGGUGACUGGCGUCGGCUACAACGGCACUGGAGAGGUUCUGAUUGACGGCGAGGUGGUUCACGGCAUCGCCUGCCCUUCCAUCAGCAAGAUAGUGGAGGUGGGCUGUGUGUGCAACGACUCCAUCAUCAAGAACGGAACUCUACUAGGGCGACCCACGGAGGGCGCUCUCAUCGCUCUGGCCAUGAAGAUGGGCCUGGAGGGUCUGCAGCAUGAGUUUGUGCGUGUGGAGGAGAAUCCCUUCAGCUCAGAGAAGAAGUGGAUGUCUGUGCGCUGUGUGCACCGAACACAGAAGGACAAGGCCGGUGUGGUCUUCAUGAAAGGAGCGUACGAGCAGGUGAUCCGCUUCUGCAGCUUCUACAACAGCCAAGGAGCUGCGCUCCCCCUCAACAACCAGCAGAUGGAGCUGUACCAGCAGCAACUCAGCUACAUGGGCACGGCAGGGCUCAGAGUCCUGGCGUUUGCUUCAGGCUCUGACAUGGGGAACUUGACCUUCCUGGGUCUGGUGGGCAUCAUCGACCCGCCAAGGUCAGGGGUCAAGGAAGCGGUAGCUACGCUCAUCGGCUCUGGCGUCGCCAUCAAGAUGAUCACGGGAGACUCCAAGGAGACGGCCGUGUCCAUUGCCAGUCGCCUGGGGCUCUACUCCAAAGGUUCUCAGUGCAUGUCAGGAGACGAAGUGGAUCAGCUGGAUGUGCAGCAGCUCUCGGUCAUGGUGCCCCGAAUCUCCGUCUUCUACCGUGCCAGCCCUCGACACAAGCUCAAGAUCGUCAAGUCGCUGCAGAACAUAGGCGCCGUGGUGGCCAUGACCGGCGAUGGGGUGAACGACGCCGUGGCGCUGAAGGCUGCUGACAUCGGCGUGGCGAUGGGCCGGACGGGGACCGACGUCUGCAAGGAGGCAGCUGACAUGAUCCUGGUGGACGACGACUUCCAGACCAUCAUGUCGGCCAUCGAGGAGGGGAAAGGCAUCUACAACAACAUCAAGAACUUUGUGCGCUUCCAGCUCAGCACGAGCAUCGCCGCCCUCACGCUCAUCUCGCUGGCCACGCUGAUGAACUUCCCCAACCCGCUCAACGCCAUGCAGAUCCUGUGGAUCAACAUCAUCAUGGACGGACCUCCUGCCCAGAGUUUGGGGGUGGAGCCUGUUGAUCAGGACGUAAUCAGGAAGCCGCCACGGAACCUGAGGGACAGCAUCCUCACCCGCAGUCUGCUCUUCAAAGUGCUGGUGUCGGCCUUCAUCAUUGUGUGUGGAACACUGUUCGUCUUCUGGAGAGAGUUGCAGGACAACGUCAUCACUCCUCGAGACACCACCAUGACCUUCACCUGCUUCGUCUUCUUCGACAUGUUCAAUGCCCUCAGCUCACGCUCGCAGACCCGGCUGGUCCACGAAAUGGGUCUGUGCAGCAACAGAACCUUCUGCUUCGCCGUGCUGGCGUCCAUCAUGGGGCAACUGCUGGUCAUCUACUUCCCUCCACUGCAGAGCAUCUUCCAGACCGAGAGCCUCAGCAUCUUCGACCUGAUGUUCCUGGUGGGGCUCACGUCCUCGGUGUGCGUGGUGUCCGAGGUCAUGAAGCGGGUGGAGCGGGGGCGGGGAGGCGAGCGCGACCCCCCCACAGACUGCUUCCACGAGGUAUGACGUCAGCAGCGCCGCCAGCCGACAUCAUGUGGGAAAAGAGGCGGGGAUAUGGGACUUGUGAACUGCGGUGGUCGCCGGGCAGACCGGCCCAGAUCGAUCUGGGUCUCCCUGCUGAGCCCGGCGGCCUGGCCCGCGGCAGCGGUGUAGCUCCGCCCCUUCUGGUCAGCACAACCUCUCCUCAUCCUCAUCCUCACCUCAGUCCAGUCCGGAGCGGAUCCAGUCCUGCAGGUGUUGACCACUGUUGUGACCCCGGAGCCACCUGACAUAAAACUGUUUCUGUACCAUGGGAAGGUUUCUCCGCAGGUUUUUAAGUGGCUCGCUAACUGGACUUCCUGUUGAAUCAAAAUAAGUUAAUUUAAAUGUUUUAUAUUUUGUUUUUUAAUUAUUCCGUUGGUCUCAUUAAAGAGCGUUGAUUCGUCCCUGCUGUG